CUUUGCUCUUUCAUUUUAAAGUUAAAUAAGCUUAAAAGAAGAAUGAAAGGCUUUUGGAACUUAACGAGUACCAUUUCUCUUACUCUUUCUAUACUAUUCUUAUUCGGUUACGAUUAUGAAGACGUGUCUGCGGUUCCUACUAGGCACCUGUGUCGGCCGGAACAAAGGGAUGCACUUCUCCAAUUCAAGAACGAGUUUCAGGUUCUAAACUCUUCCGUUGAUUCUUAUUGUGAUUAUUUAAAUCUUAUUAAGAAGCCUCAUGGGAAGACAGAGUCAUGGAUGAAUAACAGCGACUGUUGUACUUGGGAGGGUAUCACGUGCGAUGCCAAAUCAGGUGAAGUGAUCGAACUAGACCUUAGUUGCAGCAACCUACUUGGCAAGCUUCAUUCCAAUAGCAGUCUUCGAAAACUUCAUUCUCUAACCACUCUAAACCUUUCAGCUAAUGGUUUUAGUGGUGAAAUCAUGUCUUCUAUCAGAAACCUUUCUCAUAUCACCUCCCUCAACCUCUCGCGAAAUAGUUUCAGCGAGUUCAAUCCUUCUUCCAUUGUAGACCUUUCUUAUCUCACCUCUCUCGAUCUUUCAUUUAAUAGCUUUUCUGGUCAGAUUCCAUCUUCAAUUGGAAAUCUUUCUCAUCUCACUUACCUUGAUCUUAAUUUGAAUCAAAUUACGGGUAAGAUUCCAUCUUCUAUUGGAAAUCUAUAUAACCUCGAUUAUCUUGACCUUUCUGGGAACGAUAUUGUUGGAGAAAUCCCAUCUUCUUUUGGAAAUCUAAACCAGUUGACCAGAUUAGAUGUUGGUCUAAAUAGGCUCAAUGGAAGCUUUCCGAUUGCACUACUGAAUUUGACAGGGUUGUCAUAUUUAAGACUCUUUUACAAUCAGUUCACAGGAACAAUUCCUCAUAACAUCACUUCACUAUCCAAAUUGUCGUUUUUUUCCGCAAGUAACAAUGCUUUCACUGGAACCCUGCCUUCUUCCCUCUUCACCCUUCCUUCUAUGGAUACUGUUGAUUUGUCUGAUAACCAACUCAACGGUAUUCUUGAGUUUGGGAAUAUAUCUUCACCACCUAAGCUACGAAGGUUAUAUGUUGGCAAUAACAAAUUGAGAGGGCCAAUCCCAGGCACGAUAUCAAAGUUUACCAACCUCGUCGAACUUGAACUUUCCGAUUACAAGACACAAGGUCCAGUUGACUUUAGUAUCUUCUCACAUCUCAAGUCGCUCGCAUAUCUUGACAUAUCCUAUUUGAACACGACCACUACCAUUGACUUGAAUGAUUUCUUGUCGUAUUUUAAGAGGCUCGGGUUGUUGGAUCUCUCAGGCAACCUUGUUUCAAUCACAAACAAGAGUCCAGUUCCCGUUCCCCCUUUAUUGUAUCAGUUGCACUUGUCAGGCUGCGGUAUCACCGAGUUUCCGGAGUUUGCAAGAUCGCAAUAUAUGUCGUUUCUAGACAUUUCCAACAAUAAAAUCAAAGGACAAGUGCCUGGCUGGUUAUGGAGGCUACCAAAGCUGAUUUACCUGAAUCUUUCCAACAACACUUUCACCGGCUUCGAAAACUCAACGAAACUUGGGCUAUCUUCAAGAUUUGACCUCACCUCUGUGAAUCUUCAGGGAGGCUAGAUUCAAGAGGGAUACUAUUUUGGACACAUUUUUUUCACAGCUAAGUAAAGUGGGAAAGGAAUCAGACUCGGAUAAGUAUCAAGAAGCAGGAUCUCUAUCAGAUAAAAUCCUGUUCUGUAACUCGUGUCACCGCCAAGAAUCUAAGCAGAGACAUGCUGGUGAAAGUUUGCUCCUCUGCGGCUCUGCAUUUGAUAAACCAGAAAUAGUAUAAUUUUUUUUUGAAUAUAAACUAUUCUUUGUAUACGUUGCAGUUUCUUCCAACAGACUUUUCAAGGUCUAACGGUUUGAUGAAUCGUAAAUGUGGGAUCACUCUAUUGAAUGAAGAUGGAAAACCAUGGACAGUGAAACAUACCACAAAACAUAGGCUUUGCUCCCGUGUCUUGACUCUAAUAUUAACAAUUGACUUGCUAUGUUUCAGUUGAGUUUGUUGUUUUCUUGAAGCUGUUUCUGUCCUUCACUCCUUUGUAUACUUGUGUGUGAUCUCGUUUGAUAUGUUUGGAGAGUAGUGACAUGAUACGGAGUUGAUGCAUCUUUAAAAGUAUAAGAAUAUUUUUACA